CUCAAGUGGGCGGUGGCGGGGCGGCUGCGGCCCGGGCGCUACCCUCUCUGGUCGGAGGAGUACUUUCGGUGGUGGUUUGUGCGCCAGGUGCUGCACGCCACGCGAGGUGGGCUCUCGGACCUGCUCGGCGGGACGGCGCUCCUCCCCGCCUUUUACCGCGCGCUCGGCGCACGCAUCGGCGCCAGGGUCGACAUGGACGACCCGGAGGUGGACGAACCCGACCUAAUCUCCAUCGGCGACGACGUUGAGAUUGAGCACCACGCGCGCUUCGGCACUAGCGCGAUCAUCGACGGACACCUCGUACUGGGGCCGGUCGAGGUUGGCUCCUGCUGCCGUCUCGAGGCGCGCUGCAUGCUGGUGCGGGGCAGCACUGUGCCCGACGGCGCUGCUGUUCCCGCCCUUGCCUCGACCGUGCUCAAAGGGGAGGCUGUGCCGCCGGGGGAGCGGUGGGCGGGGCUUCCGGCC